GUAGGUUUGAACCAGGAGGUCAAGAAGCAAUUUUGGAGGAUUUGGACAAGAUGGUGCGUAGUAUCCCGCACAUAGAGAAGUUGUUCAUUGGCAGAGAUUUCAAUGGCCAUAUUGGGGCAAGUGCUAGGGGUUAUGAUGAUGUGCAUGGCGGGUUCAAUUUUGGGGAUAGGAAUGAGGGAGGUAAUUCACUGUUGGAUUUUGCUAGAGCUUUUGAUUUGGUUAUAGCUAACUCGAGUUUUCCGAAGAGGGAAGAGCACCUGGUCACUUUCCGGAAUUCAAUGUGCAAGACUCAAAUUGAUUAUCUUCUCUGCAGGAAAUGCGAUAAAGGUCUGUGCACUGACUGCAAGGUCAUCCCAAGUGAGCACCUCACGACCCUACAUAGGCUCAUAGUUAUGGACCUGGAGAUUAAGAGGAGUAGGAGGAAGAGGGCGGGGUACAGGCAACCUAAGAUCAAGUGGGGUAACUUGACCAAGGACAAAGCUUAG